AUGCCUCCAAAACGGAAGGCAUCAACUGUAGCUGCAUCGCCUGCUGCCACUGAAGCGCCCGUCCAUCGUUCGAAGAUCCGCCGUUCUGAAGUGCCUUUGCCUCCGAAUGCUGCAGGAAAGGACAAGAAGCUACCACGCCGACAAUCAUCCCGUGGGGGUACCGCAGUCACAAACCCAAACGUCAACCCUGAAGUCCUCGAUGCGCCCAAUGCUCUACGCGCUUCACCUGAUGGGCAUGAAUGCGCCGAAAGUGAGGCCCACCUGCAUCAGCACGACAUCAACGCCGGCAAUGCAGUGAACGGCGUCAAUGCGGCCUCAGCUAAGCCUUCAAACUCGCAAAAUGCAACCACGGAGGUCAAGGCAGUUCCAUCGACGGGUACCGAGGGCAUUGACGAAGCUGGAGCCACUUCUGUAGCGCCAACGGCCGGCAGGGCCAAGAGGAAGAAGGCUGGCGCUACACAUGUGAAGACAGAAGGCGGAGACCUCGAUACGGCACCCACAAAUGGCGCUGUGGAGAACGGCACGGCCCCUGCAGAAGAUGCAGAUGUCACUGGCGAUCCUGAAGCCGAAGCUGUAGACGGCGAGGAGGGGGAUGAAGUGGAGCUCAAGCAAGCCCUGGCACGGCCUCCUCCUGUCAACUCUGAAUACCUUCCUCUUCCGUGGAAGGGGCGGCUAGGAUAUGCUUGUCUCAACACCUACCUUCGAAACGCCAAUCCUCCCGUGUUCAGCUCCAGAACGUGUCGGAUCGCGAGCAUCAUCGAACAUCGCCACCCUUUGAAAGACCCCUCUCAGCCGGAACAUGCCACCAAGAACCGCCCUGAUAAGGAGCAGCCGGCUGAUCAUGCACGAGGACAGAAGUAUGUUGAGGAGCUGGGCCUUGCCAACGUUCGAGAUAUCAGCAAGAUGAUUCGAUGGAACGACAAGUACGGCAUUAAGUUCAUGAGAUUGAGCAGCGAGAUUUUCCCGUUUGCGAGUCAUGAGCAGUAUGGCUACAAGCUUGAGCCUUUUGCUGCAGAAGCGCUGGCGGAAGCUGGCAAAGUCAUUGCUGAGCUGGGCCACCGAGUCACUACACAUCCUGGCCAGUUCACGCAGUUGGGUUCGCCACGGCAAUCUGUCAUUGAGAAUGCUAUCCGUGAUCUUGAGUAUCACGCUGAGAUGUUGUCGCUGCUCAAAUUGCCACCGCAACAAGACCGCGACGCUGUCAUGAUCAUGCAUCUAGGUGGGGCUUUUGGUGACAGACCAGCAGCCCUCGAGAGAUUCCGUGAGAAUUACGCAAGGCUUUCGGAUGGUGUCAAGAAACGACUUGUUCUCGAGAAUGAUGAUGUGGUGUGGAACGCUCAUGAACUUCUGCCAAUGUGCCAGGAACUCAACAUACCGUUCGUGCUUGACUUCCAUCACCAUAACAUUUUGUUCGACAGCACCAAGCUUCGGGAAGGCACAAAAGAUGUCAUGGACAUGUAUCCUGCGAUCCUCGAAACAUGGUCAAGGAAGAACAUCACACCGAAGAUGCACUAUUCUGAGCCUUGUCCAGGUGCCAUCACAGGGAGGGACCGAAGGAAGCAUUCGCCUCGUGUGAUGACCUUCCCUCCGUGCCCAGAUACGAUGGACUUGAUGAUCGAGGCGAAGGACAAAGAACAAGCCGUCUUCGAGCUUAUGCGGACUUUCAAGUUGCCAGGCUUUGAGCGGAUCAACGACAUUGUCCCUUACCAACGACCAGAUGAGAACAGGCCGUGGAAGCCCAAGCCAAAGGCAAAGCCCAAGAAGAGCAAAAAGAAGACCGAUGAUCUUGAGGAGGUCGAUGCGAAGCUUGAGGAAGCGGAAGAGGAGGAUGUCCCCCCUCCCCACGUUCCUGACGAAGAGUUGGGCAUGGGUGGGCCUGAGGGGCGAGUGUAUUGGCCGCCCACAAUGGAGGAAUGGCUUCGGCCACCGAAGCGCGUUAUCAAGAAGAAAGAGGAGGGCGCCGCUACGCCGGCUAAGAAGAAGCAGAAGGCUGCAGCCACCGACAAUGCCUCCGUUGCUAGUGAAACCGCAGGCCUUGACCAAGUCAAGACCCCAGCUAAGAAGGCGGCGCCCAAACGGGCUGCUAGUUCGACAAAGAAGAAGGCACCGAGAGCUGUCCCUACACCCUCUCCGUCUGAUGACGAGGAUGGUCUUAGCUCGCCACCGCUCAGCGACUUGGACGAUGAGGACAAGGCUCCUGCCGUGCGGAAGCGAGCUGCACGACCCACGCCUACGCGGAAAAAGUCUGGUAGAGCUGCGGCGAGUAAGGUUAGCUACAACGAGGAAGACGCCGACGAGAUGAGCUUGUAA